AUGUCCCUGUAUCCAUCCCUCGAGGACCUCAAGGUCGACAAGGUGAUCAAGGCUCAGGCCCAGUUUGCCCAGACCACCACCCCCAUGCCGGCCAUCUCCGAGGGAGCCUAUCAGCCCCAGCUGGCCUCCGCAGGGAUGCCGGGAUCCGGUUUGUAUCCUAACCUGGAGGAGCUCGGCGACUACAUGGGGCUGGCUCUGAACAGCGACGAGGUCCAGAGGAACUUGGCCCUGGUGCCGGUGGCUGAUAACCAGGUGGCCGUGCCCUCCAUCUCGGGCGUUGGUGCGAUGGUUCGGCCCGUUACCGGCGCCGACGUGGGCGUGCGGCGGGCCGAGAUCCGCCCGGGUCUCCGGGAGAUCAUCCUCUGCAAGGACCAGGACGGGAAGGUCGGCCUCCGGCUGCGGGCCAUCGAUAACGGCGUGUUUGUGCAGCUGGUGCAGGCCAACUCCCCGGCGGCUCUGGCCGGCCUGCGCUUCGGGGACCAGCUCCUGCAGAUAAACGGGCAGAACUGCGCCGGCUGGAGCGUGGACAAGGCCCACAAGGCCCUGAAGGCCGCCGCCGAGACCCGCAUCGAGAUGGUGGUCAGGGACAGGCCGUUUCAGCGCACCAUCACCAUGCACAAAGACAGCUCGGGACACGUAGGCUUCAUCUACAAGUCUGGUAAAAUCACCUCUCUGGUCAAAGACGGCUCCGCUGCCCGGAACGGGCUGCUGACCGAACAUUACAUCUGCGAAAUCAACGGGCAGAACGUGAUCGGACUAAAGGCUCAGGCCCAGUUUGCCCAGACCACCACCCCCAUGCCGGCCAUCUCCGAGGGAGCCUAUCAGCCCCAGCUGGCCUCUGCAGGGAUGCCGGGAUCCUGUUUGUAUCCUAACCUGGAGGAGCUCGGCGACUACAUGGGGCUGGCUCUGAACAGCGACGAGGUCCAGAGGAACCUGGCCCUGGUGCCGGUGGCUGACAACCAGGUGGCCGUGCCCUCCAUCUCGGGCGUUGGUGCGAUGGUUCGGCCCGUGACCGGCGCCGACGUGGGCGUGCGGCGGGCGGAGAUCCGCCCGGGUCUCCGGGAGAUCAUCCUCUGCAAGGACCAGGACGGGAAGGUCGGGCUCCGACUGCGGGCCAUCGAUAACGGCGUGUUUGUGCAGCUGGUGCAGGCCAACUCCCCGGCGGCGCUGGCCGGCCUGCGCUUCGGGGACCAGCUCCUGCAGAUAAACGGGCAGAACUGCGCCGGCUGGAGCGUGGACAAGGCCCACAAGGCCCUGAAGGCCGCCGCCGAGACCCGCAUCGAGAUGGUGGUCAGGGACAGGCCGUUUCAGCGCACCAUCACCAUGCACAAAGACAGCUCGGGACACGUAGGCUUCAUCUACAAGUCUGGUAAAAUCACCUCUCUGGUCAAAGACGGCUCCGCUGCCCGGAACGGGCUGCUGACCGAACAUUACAUCUGCGAAAUCAACGGGCAGAACGUGAUCGGACUAAAGGAUUCCCAGAUCAAGGACAUCCUGAACACCUCUCCAGCCACCAUGACCAUCACCAUCAUGCCCAAGUUCGUCUACGAGCACAUGAUCAAGAGGAUGUCCUCCGGGCUCCUGCGCUCCGCCAUGGAUCACUCCGUGCCCGAGGUGUGAGGACCCGGAGGGCUGGAAACUGCCAGGACGUGUUCUCCCCCUGUCCUCCAUCAUUAAACCUCCCCGUGUCACAAUCCUCCUCCUAACGUCCCCUUAAGAUGCCUUUUUUUCUACCGUGUCUCCUUCGCCUUUUCACCCCCCCCCUCGUCUCUUUCGGCAUUAUUACUGCCUGUAGUUUUACCUUGUAGUCUGAUAAGUAGGACGUCUGUUUUUCUCAGCUUUUUUUUUUAUUCGGUAUCCAGGACAGUACGAAGUUUGAAGUUUUCUUUUAAAAAAGGAAAAAGAACAAAAAAAAAAAAGAGCGAUCACGAGUCCGGAGCUUCCUGCUCAGCGCGGGGAUGAGGCGGUUUCAUCCUUUUUUUUUUUCCAAAUGCUGUAAAAGCCCCGCCACGCAGAUCCAGAUCCACUUCCUCUGUAAAUAUAAAGAGCCGGUCCCAGAUUCCACUGUACAGUCGUUUUUAGGCGCCAGUAGGCUUGAUCGAACUAACGCUUUUAGGCUAAAAACCACAUACUGGUUCAAACAUUUCUUUUAAAGUGUUUUUUUUGUUGUUUUUUUUGGCAUUUCGAUUGGAGUCUUUGCGUGAUUUGGGGCCCAGACGGGCUUCCUCCUCCCGGUUUAUUCGGUGGUCUGUUCAGUUCCCUCCUCCGCCACCAGGGGGCGCCAAGUUAGCCGGGAGGGGUCCGUGCUGGGCGGAGCCACUAAGUGCACUUUCCAUUAACCUUAAUAGAGGUUGUUUUUUUUUUGUCUUCUUUCCUGUAAACAUUUCAACGAUUAAGUUUGACC